AAUUACAUAUUAUUGAUUGUUACAGUUGAGGUAUAUAAGCUGGACGCGGUGUGGCGGUGGACAUUGUGUGCACAGCUCCGAUACAACACUAACAAUGAAGUCCAUGAUUAUUGCCGCAGUUUUGGCCUUCCUGGCGGUCGCCAGCGCCAAGCCUUUCCUCGGCGAAUUAGGAGCUGGUCUUGGUGAAGUAGGAGCUGGCCUGGGCGCCGGCCUUGGUAACAUCGGAGCUGGACUUGGUGCUGGAAUUGGAGCCGGACUUGAAGGUCUCGGUCUUGGCGGGAUCGGUGGAGGUAUCGGACUGGGCGGGCUAGGCGGAGGCCUGGGCCUAGGGGUGGGUGAAGGCUACGGAUCAGGCAGCGGUUACGGCCAAUCCGGCUACGCUGGUGGUAGCAGGGGCUACGGCAAUAGCGGUUACGGGGGUGGUGCAGUGAACAUAGGCCAUGAUGUCGGUCAUCAUGAGAGCGACUUCAGUCAGGAGGUUCACCACCACGAGUCCUCUGGUCACGAUGUCGGAGGGGCCAUGGAGGUCGGCCAAGGAGGACACAACCUUUAUGGACACAACAACUAUGGCGCUGGACAAUCAGGUUACGGCCAGAACUACAACCAAGGCGGAUAUUUAGCGUAAAAAUCCCACAUUUUAAUAGGUAUUAUAUUAAUAAACAAUUUAUGCAACAUUUUA